AGGUACACGCUAAUAGAGUGUUGUCCAACACUAAUUUACAAAUUAACGUGCAAUGAAACAAAUGCGUGUGCAAUUAUUUACCGGCUACGGACAAAGGGUUCCGAUAGUCCACUUCGAGGUGGAGCGAAGCGCGCGCGCACUUGAAUGCGCGACGUAACGCAGCGCGCACGCGCGGAACUUGAGCCGAAGUAACAUUUAGUUCGCGAUCAAAAUGAUGCUCGCCGGCGCGCAGAUUGUUGACGAAAGUAGUGUGGCGUAUACAUCCGGGAACUCUGGGAAUACCGGGAGUAGUGUCACGAUGCCUCCCGUCCAAGGAUCGUCUCGGGAAGCUCAGCCGGUUGGCUGGAACCCUGCGUCUGCGCAGGGCCUACACAUGGUCCCCAAAGUUGAUCCAGUGGACAUACAUUUCAGCAAUAUUACGUGCACAGUCAAACUGGGAAUAACUAAAGGUAGCAAACAAAUUCUCCAUGGCGUCAAUGGUCGACUUCGUCCUCGGCAGCUGAUCGCCAUCAUGGGACCUUCAGGAGCUGGCAAGUCUACACUCCUGGAUGUACUGUCCGGAUACCGCAUCACUGGUGUCGGAGGAGCAGUCUUCAUCAAUGGAAGAGGGAGGAUUAUGAAGAGGUUCAAGAGAAUGUCGUGCUACAUCCAACAAGACGACAGGCUGCAGGGUUUACUGACUGUCGGAGAGAACAUGGCAUUAGCAGCCGACCUGAAGCUGCCCACCAAGCUAGACAAAUAUGAAAAGGGAGAAGUUAUUGAGGAUAUCCUAACAAACCUGGGUCUCUACGAGCAUAUGAACACAAGAGGUGCCCAGCUCUCCGGAGGUCAGAGAAAGAGGCUGUCCAUCGCCCUGGAGCUGAUCAACAAUCCUCUCAUCAUGUUUCUUGAUGAGCCUACAACAGGUCUUGACAGUUCGUCAUGCUCACAAGUAGUCCAGCUUUGCCAAACCCUGGCUCAUCAGGGUCGAACCAUCGUCUGUACAGUGCAUCAGCCUUCAGCAUCAUUGUUCGCCCUCUUCGACCAAGUAUACGUCCUGGCCGCCGGCCGCUGCAUGUACCAGGGCACCACGAAGAACCUGGUACCUUAUUUGCAGCAAGCUGGGAUUCCUUGCCCUAAAUACCAUAACCCUGCUGAUUAUAUUAUCGAGCUCUCAUGUGGUGAAUACGGCCAAGACAAAAUAGACCUUAUGGCGAACAAAUCAGAAAAUGGCAAGGCUUUGGACUGGUUUGACGACCACCAGUCCAUUCCUUCCAUGGAAGGUCUACGAAAACUGGUUCCUCUGAGUGUGCUAAGAGACACAGAACCUACAGGAGGGGAUGAGGAGACCAGCCAAUCCAACCAGCUCAGUGUACUUAUGAGGAGAGGAUUCUUAAAGGCUAAGAGAGAUGCGACGAUGACUCAUUUGCGUUUGAUCGUAAACGUGGUGGUAGGCAUAAUGUUGGGAAGCCUCUUCAUCAACGCUGGUAACGAAGGUUCGAGGGUCCUGGAGAACUACAACCUGUUGUUUGCCAUCUUGAUGCACCACAUGAUGUCUCCAAUGAUGUUGACUAUCCUUACCUUCCCUAAUGAGAUGUCGAUAUUGUCCAAGGAACACUUCAAUAGAUGGUACUCGUUGGGAUCCUAUUACAUAUCAAUAACUAUCGUCGAUCUACCAGUAUCGAUAAUAGGCUGUGCAGUGUUCAGCGUGAUAGUAUACACGAUGUCGUCCCAGCCGCUAGAUAUCGUGCGCUUCUCCAUGUUCUUCGCAAUCUCACUGUACACCGUGCUGGUGGCGCAGAGCUUCGGGCUCAUGAUCGGAGCCGUCUUCAGCGUUGUGAACGGCACAUUCUUGGGCCCUACGCUGUCAGUACCUAUGAUGAUGUUCGCUGGUUUCGGAGUCACCCUUCGAGACUUGCCAUCCUAUCUGCGCUGGGGAUCCUACAUCUCUUACCUGAGAUAUGGACUCGAGGGUUUCAUUGGCGCCAUCUAUGGACUAGACAGGCCUAUCCUCGACUGCAAUGAGGCCUUGUACUGUCAUUACAAACAUCCCCGUACAUUCCUAAACGAGGUGGCGAUGUCUCCUGACGAAUUCUGGUGGGAUGUUUUGGCGCUCUCCGUCUUCGUUGUAACACUUAGGAUUGCGGCUUUCAUUCUGCUGAAGUGGAAACUGGAUGCCGUACGAUAAAUGUGAGGAAUUUUAAUUGUAGUAUAUGAAGUUGAUUCACUUGUAAGUCAAAACACUCGAAGAAUUAUUUAUUAAUAGGGUAGUUUUCUUCAACCGAAAAAAUUAAUAUAUUCACAAAAUUGUUAUAAUUUAUUUAGUUUAUUUUUUUUAUAAAAUUAGGGCUUGUUUCACCAUGUCUGAAUGUCUGAAUUGAUGUUAUCUACCAGCCAGAUAUAUUAUUUUGAAUUUAGAACGUAAUUUGCAUAAACUAUCAGUCAAGUUGUGAAACACGCCCUUUAUAUACUUCUUAAAUAAAGAAUGUGAGUGUAAAAAGGAUAUUAAUGACAUGAGAAAAGUGUAGUCAACUACCCUAUUAUAAAUAAAUUUUAAAAGAAAGAAAUGAUUUAAUAUGACUUAAUUGAAUGGAAUGAUUGAAUUUAUUUGUGAUAACAUAUCAUAGAAUGUUAAUACGCUAUACCGUUUUAUGUUCAAGUUUCAAAUUAAGACUUUUUGCUCAGUUACACUUUUUAUAUAAGAAAUACGUGCCGUGAUCAGAGUAAGAAAUCAUAUUUGUACAGCAGUUACAGUUUAGCAAAAUAAUUAUAUAUUUCUUCUCCAAAAUCAAAAUCUGCCGUUGCUACGUCUUCUACGAAAGUCGCAAAUUUAAAUUGUGCCAAUGAAACAUUACUGUUUCAAUAUACUUUAUACCUUCAUACUUGAAGGUGAGUAUAAACGUAUAAUUUAUGAUUUAAAUUAG